CAAACACACAUCACUCACUCCCGUCCGCGAGCCCUGGAACCGAAGCCGGGACCUUCAGGUGUCAUUGAGCGCAUCUCGAUCCGUGUGCAGCUCGGCGAGUUGCGUGUAAGCGUGUGUGUAAGAGAGUUAUGAAGAUAUCGGAGUGUAAAUCUGAUUUCUUUGGACAGAUGGCAGGAGCGUCAGUGCACCCACAGAUGCACUCCUCAUUUUUAUUCAGGGACACACUCAUCCCAGUCUGGGGAGGAGAGAAAAAAAAAGAAAAAAAAAAAUGGACAAAAGAAAAGUGCAUAAUGCGAAGAGGGGUUUGGAGAAAGUGAAAUAUCAGAGUGAUAGCUCAUUUGAAAUGCAGAAAUCUCUGCGUUAUUCAUGUUUCUAAUUUGCAGCAGACUUACUGCUUACUGUAAAAAAAAAAAUUGGCUGGGAAGUUGUUUCUUGAACAUUGAUUUAUUUCGUCUCUUAUAAGAUAUGAAAGACGUGCUGUGAUGGUGCGCCAGCUUCGAAGACGAGCCGCCCAUACGCACCGGCUCUGCUUAUAUCGCUGUUUUAUUCGGUAACAUGAGUCACCAUGUAGAACGACAAAAGAGAACCUUGUUUCUAUAGAAUACAAUGGAACGCAUUGAUGCAUUGAUGCGAUAGAAGAAGGAAAAAUAAAAACAGAGCAGAACCCAUCUUGCCAAGAAGAUCUUGUGUUUUAUUUGCUUCAAAAGGAGACAAGAAAAGAACAACAACAAAAGCAUAUCGCAUUUAUUUAUUUAUUUAUUUACACAUUUCUUUAUUUUUGCUCCCCCUCUCUGGUGGGUAACAUCGCAGUGCUUAUGUUUAGCCUGCAAAUUCGAGGCUUAUUUUUAUCCGUGCCGAAACAAUCCCUCAGUAUCUUCCUCCAGCGCCGGUCCAGACAUGCGAUCAGCGAAGCUCUUCAAGCCCAGCUGCUCUUCCCGAAGAACAAAAGGACCAGAACGAUGGCGAAAAAUAGAACGGCAAAAAGAAAAAGAUCCGUGUAGUCGUUAAACCAGGAGGAUUUCGGUAUUUAGGCAGUGAUUGAGAUGCAGCCUGGCCGAGCUCUCCAAUACACCGCCAUAUGAUCAACGGAAAUGUCUCCGCUCGAGAGUGACGUCCGUCCCUUGACGCUUUGUGCUGCGAGACGAACAGCGAGAUGAACAUCGAGAUAGAUCGCAAUGGGUGUUUAAAAGCCAAGCUGGAUAAUGCUACUGGGGAGAUGAGGACAAAUCGGCUCCCAAAACUGUGCCUCGUCACUUCAAGUGGAAAAUGUAACGGAAGGCGAACCUCGCCGGUUUUGGAGGAAAACGGGCUUGUUGGCUAUCCAUACCGUGCUCCCAGACAGUUUGGCAAUCAAGUACAGGAUUCGAAGUCAGCCACUGCGAGCCCACCCCUACCAUACCAAUACAGUCGGGUUUGGCAGGCCUCCAGUGCAGCACAUCUGGCACUUGAAAGGCAGAGACUACAGAAGGUGAUGGGCCUGGAUCAGGAACAAUGCCAAGAGCAGAGACGCUCACUGCCCCUGCCUUCGUCCUCGUCUUCUUCCCGGAGACGAGUACAGAGGCCAAGCGGAGAACAGGGGGGAGUGGCAAAAACAGGAGAGGAGGCCCUCUGUCUUCUUCCCGGAGACAGGGAGCGUAUCCCUCGGGUCUUCGUUCGCAGCAAUAAAGAAACCUCGAGAGCAAAAGGAAAAAUUUGUUUGAAGGUUUUGAAUCCAUAUCUCAAGGGACAUUUUUUUCCCUCGUCACUCUUUCGCUAAUCGUCAUAAGGGCUUUAUACACUCUUUGUAUGUCGUGACUUGUAAGAUUGUAGCCAGAUGGCUUAAGUCUGCGAGUGUCUAUUGAGAUCGAGCACCACUCCAAGGGGCCUGUGCCACCAAACCCAUUUUGAUUAGACAGAGGAUUCCGAGCCAGUGAAGAUCUGGCAGACGCUUCCCAGCCCUCCAGAUCAUAAACUCCUCAAUCACCAUAGUGAAGUCCAUUCGUUUGGCUUGGCGGCUCACACACGGACCAACAAACUAGCCUUAGGUUUAUUCGUGGUUCCUUUCCUUUUUUUUCUCUCUCCAUUUUCUUACCUUCCUCUAACGUAUUCUCUAGAAAAGCAUUUUUAAAGUGUGGUGAGAAUUUGUUUGCUUUCUUGUUAAUAUAAAACGAAGCACUCCCGUGAAAGAUGUGUGCGGGAAAAAGAAAGAGAGAGGGAAAAAACUAAACAAAACAAUUACGCACGGAAACGCAAAUGAGGUAUGGCCGCGUCAACAGCGAAAGCUUAAUAGUUCAUUUCAGUCAUUGUCUGUGUGUGAGUGCGUGGGGCUUUUUGCUCCAUUACCUCCAAAACAGUAUGUAAAUUCGCAGUUUUGGAGACAAAAUAUUUAGCUGUGCUUUUGCUCGGAGCAAAUGGGCUCCAAUGGAGGGAGAGAGAGAGAGAGAGAGAGAGAGAGAGAGAGAGAGAGAUGCAAAAGGUGGGAAGGCGUUUGAAGUUCGUUUGAGUCUGCAGGAUUUAGCCUGUAGCGUAGCCCGAGCUUUGCUUAAAAUAUUAGUUUUGAAGGCAUCCGGGUCACGAGUCGAGUUUACAUAAGCAGUGGAAAGGAAAUGUCAUUAUUUUAUCUGUUCUCUCGCUUUCUCCCACUCACUCCCUGGCAUUUCAAGCAUUCCGACUUGCACCUGGAACAGUGGUUGGUGAAGGGAAGUAAAUGAGUGUUUACCGCAACUCACUGAACAUUAAAAAGUCUUUCUAUGACCAGAGGUCUCAUUUCCCCAGACUUUUUUUUUUAAAACC